AGCCGGGAGCCGGAGCUGGCAUGUGGCGGGCAGCAGGAGCCGUCUCUCUGGAGCAGGCGCGUCUCUCCCUCCUCGCUGGGAUCCGUGGCCUCCUCUCCGUUGAAUCAUGGGAAACGUGGAGAGUCCAGCUGGGCUCAGCAGUCAUGUGAGCGGGCAGCUGUCCAGAAAGCACCCGUCCCGGUCGCUGCGCCUCUCCAGCACGGAGCCGCAGGCUCCUCAGAGCGGACUGGAGCCCGUGGGCGCGGCGGACGCCCUGGAGGAGGUUGGAGGCGACCCCCACUGGACGCAGCGCGUCGCCAUGACGAUGAGGCCGGAGAGUGAUCUCAACCUGGAUGAUCCGACCCCUGACACGUGGGAGGCGGACACUGUGGCCCAGGACGCUGGGGAGGAACGGCGGCUCCCGCGGACGGCACAGGGUGGAGGCUUCAUGAAGAGAAGAUCCAAGUCGGCCGACAUGUGGAGAGAAGACAGCCUGGAGUUGUCUCUGUCGGACCUGAGCCAGGAGCACAUGACCAGCACGGAGGAGAUGAUCGCUGGGGGCCAGGAGCAGGGUCCGGGCCUCCGAGGCAGCACAGGCGCAGCUGAGAGGGCCUCCUCUCUGGACCACCUGUGCUGCCGCAGAGAAGCUGGCUGCCAUGGCGGCGGGGAAGAUGGGCUGAUGUCUCCCAGCGAGGAGGAUGGAGGCGGCUACGGCGCCUUCACGCUGCCAUGCCGGCGCUCCCACUGCCUGUCCGAAGGCCUGAGCCAGCCGGGACCGACGGCGGCGCCGCUGCUUCCUGUGUUCCUGGGACGCCGUGCGCAGACCACCCAGGACAUCUGCGGCGUGUUGGGCGAGGGAAGCGAGUUUGGCGACAGCGGCAUCGACGGCGUCGCCGCAGAGCCGGACGCUGACGGAGAGCUGCUCUCUCGCCGCUGCAAGGCCAUGUCCGCCUCCUUCUCCGUGCACUCAGCCACCGAGAGUCUCCUCUUCAACGGCAGCGACAGCGGCAGCAGCAGCGCCGGUGGUGGCGAGGGAGGAAGGGGCGGAGUUUACGAGAACUUUUGCAAGGAGCUGGACAGUCGACCCUGGCCGCACAAGGGGCGGGACUGCGGCGAAGAGGCGGGCUCUGCGGUCAGUGACGAGCGGAGCAGCGGCACGUUCAGCGGCGCCUAUCCUCCCGAGGCUUCCUCGGCCUGCACGCAGGGCCCCGUGCGCAAGGCUGGCACGCUGGCAGUGAAGAACUCCUUGGUCCACAAGAAAAACAAGAAGGUGGAGCCUGCGAGCAAACGCAAGUGGAAGCACUACUGGGUCUCCCUGAGAGGUGCGAGCUCAUCAUCCACCCAGCCUCUCGGUCCCCGCCCCUCAUCCGCGCUAGGCGAAGCUCCAGUCUCACACCCACUCAACACACGAAGGAGGACAGAUGUGGUCGAUAGAGAAGCCUCAGGCUGCACUCUUUUCCUCUACGAGUCCGACGGCCACUCCGGGAUCGACCACAACAGCGUGGCCAAACACGCCCUGUGGGUGGAGCACAGCAUCGUUCAGGCCGUUCCGGAACACCCCAAGAAAGACUUUGUUUUCUGCCUCAGCAACUCGGUGGGCGACGCCUUCCUCUUCCAGACCUCAGGCCAGACGGAGCUGGAGAACUGGAUCACCGCCAUCCACUCGGCGUGCGCCGGCGCUCUGGCCCGGCAGCACCACAGGGACGACACCGUCCGGCUGCUGAGGACGGAGAUCCGCAAGCUGGAGCAGAGGAUUGACAUGGACGAGAAGAUGAAGAAGAUGGGGGACAUGCAGCUGUCCACCGUCACCGACGCCAAGAAAAGGAAGACCAUCCUGGAGCAGAUCUUCCUGUGGGAGCAGAACUUGGAGCGCUUCCACAUGGACCUCUUCCGCUGCCGCUGCUAUCUGGCCAGCCUCCAGGGCGGCGAGCCCCCCAACCCCAAGCGCCUGCUGGCCUGUGCUUCCCGUCCCACCAAAGUGGCCAUGGGGCGGCUGGGGAUCUUCUCCGUCUCCUCCUUCCAUGCUCUGGUUGCGGCUCGAAACGAGAGCAACGUCAAGAGGCGGCGGCAGGCGAUGCCUCGGACCUUCAGCACGCGCCGCAGCCGCUUCUCCUCCCUGUGGGGCCUGGACACCACAGCCAAGAGGAAGUCCAAGUGUCAUCCCGCAUUCAGCCAGGUGUUGGCCGACGGGGCGGAGCCACCGAGAGCUCGCUCGGAACAGACAGAGCGCCACGACUCGCUCAGGGAGGGAUCGAAGCGUCACUCGGCCUCGGCCGGAGGUCUUCCUCAGCACCUGACUCCCUCCUGGGUUUGUCUGCCCAACAACCAGCCGGUCCUGGCCAUCCUCCAGCCCGGUGAGACCGCACUGGAGGUGCUGGCCUCCAUAUGUCAGACCCACAGGAUCGACCCCUGCUGCCACUACCUGCGUCUGAAAGUCUGGGUGGAGAACCAGGUCCUCCUCUACGUCCCCAAACUGGAGGAAGAGCUCUCAGAACUGCUCUACAAGGAGAUAGAGAUUUGCCCCAAAGCAACCAAGGUGGUCCACUUUGACAAGGCAGAGUCCAGCGCCAUGGGAUACGGCUUCUCUGUGGCUGUGCUGGACGAGGAGGGGACGCAGCAGCUUCAUGUCACCGAAGUGAAGGCAGGUGGACUGGCGUCAGCCAAAGGGAUGAAGGCGGGCGACGAGAUCCUGCUGCUGAACGGCAAGGCCGCGUCCCAGCUGCAGAUGGAGGACGUGAGGUCCGCCUUCGUCCGGCCGGCGCUGAGCCUGAGCCUCAGCACGCUGCCGCAGCUGGACCCCAUGGUUCUGUGCUCGCUUCCUCCGCGCCGCUCCGACCAAAACGCCUCCGUGGACAUUUUCUCCCUGAGCCAAGAGGACAUCCUGGACGAGGUGUCGGGUCUGACCGUGGAGGAGCGUCUGGAGGACGGAGCCCAGCAGAGCGGGACUGGUCAGGAGGCGCAGAACACGGAGCAAGUCAGCGCAUUCUGCCAAAGUCUCCGCGACAUGGGCUCCCUGGAGCGCCCCAUGACCUCCUCCUCUUCGUCCUCCUCCUCCUCCUCCUCCUCCCUCACCCCGAGCCCCGUGUCGGCGCUCCCGCCCUCCUCAGGCAGCGCCACGCUACGACAGCUCUCGCACGCCGACAAGCUGCGCAAGGUCAUCAGUGAGCUGGUGCAGACGGAGAAGACGUACGUGAAGGACCUGAGGUACCUCAUGGAGUGCUACCUGACGCCUCUGCAGGCCCACAGCUUCCUGACUCAGGACGAGCUGGAUGACCUGUUCGGUAACCUGGGGGAGAUGGUGGACUUCCAGGUGGAGUUCCUGCGGACGCUGGAGGACGGCAUCCGCCUGGUGCCGGAGCUGGAGAGACUGGAGCGGGUGGAGCAGUUCAAGAAGGUCCUCUUCUCGCUGGGCGGCUCCUUCCUCUACUACGCCGACCGCUUCAAGCUCUACAGCGCCUUCUGCGCCAGCCACACCAAGGUCCCCAAGGUCCUGGCUAAAGCCAGAAGCGACCCACACUUCAAGGCCUUCCUGGCGGAGAGGAACCCGCGGCAGCAGCACUCCUCCACCCUGGAGUCCUACCUGAUCAAGCCCAUCCAGCGGGUGCUCAAGUACCCGCUGCUGCUGCGGGAGCUCCACGGCCUCACCGACCCCGACAGCGAGGAACAUUACCACUUGGACGUGGCCAUGAAGGCCAUGAACAAAGUGGCCAGCCACAUCAAUGAGAUGCAGAAGCUGCACGAGGAGUACGGCGCCGUCUUCGACCUGUUGAUCGGCGAGCAGACGUCCGCCAAGAAAGAGGUCAGUGGUCAGCACUUCCCAGCACACAGACGCUGGCUCAGGCCGCACCUGUCGCCCGUCCCGCAGGUGGCCGACCUUUCCAUGGGCGACCUUCUGCUGCACGCCACUGUGGGGUGGAUCAACGCGCCGCCGACCUUGGUCAAGGGCAAGAAGGAUCCGGAGCUGGCAGCCUUCGUCUUCAAAACAGCUGUGGUGUUUGUCUACAAGGAUCCUGCCAAACCGAGGAAGAAGCUUGGGGCGUCUCAUCGAGCCUCCGUCAGCGAGGACAAAGAUCCUGUCCGUUUUCGCCACAUGAUCGCAACGGACUCGCUGCAAGUGCGAGCUCUGGCCAGCUGUGAGGGCAGCGGCGCGUGUGAGGUGGUCCACAGCCGGUCGGAGGCGGAGGGUCGGCCGGAGAGAAGCUUCCAGCUGUGCUGCAGCUCUCCGGACAGCAGGAGGGACCUGCUGAAGGCCCUCCACGCCAUCCUGCGGGAGAAGCAGCGUCGGCAGCUGCUGAAGACCCAGGCGCUGCCGCCCAGCCAGCAGUACGUGCCCUUCGGGGGCGAGCGCCUCUGCGCGCUGAAGGGGGCGCCGCCGGCCGCCCACCGAGCAGCUUCCGCUCCGUCUCGGAGCCUGGCUCGCAGGAGGCUGGUGAGGAGCCGCUUCACCGUCGACACUGACCUCGUGUUCCACGGCAACAACAACUGCCCCCCCCCAGGUGAGGACACGGAGCGCUGGCUGGAGGAGCAGUGUGAACUGGGCCCCAGUGACGAGGCCUGUGGUGCCUCGCAGGUGAAGGAGACGGACAUUCUGAGCGACGGUGACGAGUACUGCGCGUCCGUCCGCGCCGCCGCUGCCGCCGGGCCAGAGGCCCGCAUGAGAGGGCUGGAACUGAGCGGCCAGACGCGGCGUGAGGCCCCAGAUCCCCCCUCACUCAAACUGGCCCCGCUGAAGCCAUGUGCCGCCGAGGGAGCCGCGAGCGCGGACGGCGAGGUCUGGGUCCGGAGGGACGACGUCUUCUGAUGGCGGGAAGCCUGUGGCCUGACAAUCGGCCGCACAGGGCGCCGUCCACGCUCUCCACCCCUCGCACGUCUGCCGCCCAGCCAAAAAUGUUUCCACACGGGAAUGUUUCUAUUUUUCUGCCUCAAGGAACUCUCUUUGUACUGUGUCAGUGGAGGGCUGCGUGUCAGCCAGUCGGGCGCCAGCGCCGCACGCCGGCGCCCGACUGGGGCCCGACUGGGGCCCUUUCCUCCCUUGGCUCAAGUGUCGCCUCUGUUUAAAGCCCCCCACGCUCCUCCGUCUCCAGCACUCCUGUUUACUUGAAUGGUCUUCACCAAGCUGAGGUCAGACUCUGCGUUCUCACCGUCACUCAGCCACCAGAGGGCGCUCACUGCCGAGCAGGGGCCGCCAGGGUUUGUGGUCCCGUGACUCCGGUGGAGAUCUGGGUAAAUGACUGUGAGGUACAAUGACUCCUGAAUCUAUGGCGACGCUUCCCUUUGUACUUCAAAGCUGUGUGUGUACAUGCAACUGUGCUGACUUUUUAAGUGGGAAUAAAUUUCUACAUUGCACCAGAGUCACUGGGUUUCUUGGCUGCAGUGGGCUGCCAGAGAGCAGGGAGUGCAGCCCUCACAAGCCCGAGCUCAUGGCGAGGUGGACUUCACCUCCUGAGGAGCAGCUGCCGGCUCAGUGCUCUCCUCAGGAGGUGUCACGGCUUCCUCACAGUCACGUGGUCGUCUGGAUGCUCCAGGCUCCUGAGCGCGGGGGCCACGUCUGCUCCCUCAUGUCAACAGAGCCUGACUCUUCCACGGCUGGACGUCUAUUGACCAGAGGCGUCAAGCUCGAUCACACGAGGGCCACAAUGUUGGGCUGACUCUCUUACGGGCCAUGUGUAGG